AUGACCCCAGAGAAGGCUCUUCAGAGUGCUCCUUUCCACCGCUACUCUGUUGCCGACAUUGCAUACCUGAGUUGCAGUAUCCACGUCAGAACAUUGAACUUCUGUGAUCUUGAGGAUGUGUUUACUCCAGAGAACGAGUUAUGCUUGUGUGAGAAUAUCAACGCUUUGGCGACUGUGUCCCACUGCUACCUCACGGCAUAUCCUCAUCUUGUCGAUACUUAUAUUCAGAGAUGCAAUGAGAAGAUGAAUGUGCCACUCACCAGAGAGCAGUUUGAUAACGCUCACCUCUUGUAUGAGGAAGAAGCACAAAACGAGAGUACCAUUGAUAAGGAGACAUCCACUCAAGCGACCCUUAACCAUCCAGUAAAGCUUGAUGAUGCGUUGAUCUUCAGAUAUAGAGACUCAUACGAUCAAUUCUUGGGCAAUUACAACAGAUCAAUCGGUUACGGUUUCUACUUGGUCGCAUUCUGGGCUGUCGUCUUUACAUUGGUCGGCCUUGCCAACUGGCUGAAGAUCUGGUUCCCAAGGCUCAACGAAAGGGCAAACACACCUACGAUCAAUUGGAUACGUAAGAAGAUCACCCUCCCGGCUACCUUUGGUCGUUAUAAGACGAACGAGAAGAGAUUCCUCAAAGUACUUGAUUUCCUUUCACCCACUCGGUUGGAAACUGUGACACUUGUUGCUUUCACAGCCAUGACAGUUUAUUUCUUCUUGGCCAACAUCAAGUACGUCGAGGGUGACCCAAUCUUCAAGACUAAAGAUCGUGCACUUGCUCGUUACUACGCGGUACGCUCUGGCGUUCUUGCCAGUUAUUUAUUCCCCUUUUCCAUCUUGUUCGCUGGGCGUAACAACAUCUUGCAGUGGCUUACCAGAUGGGAGUAUGCGGCAUUCGUGACCCUCCACAGAUGGAUUUCUCGUAUCAUGAUGGUUCUUUUGAUCAUCCAUGCCAAUGGCUACGCAUACAUUAUCAGGGAUAAACCUGACUUCCAUCUCACUGCCUACUUGAUCUGGGGUGCCGCAGCUUACACGAGUGGUAUUGUGAUCUUAGUGCAAGGUCUUUUAGUAUUAAGACGGAAGUGGUACGAAACGUUCCUUCUUCUUCACAUUGUGCUUGCGUUGGUCUUUGCGAUAGGCGCUUGGUUCCAUGUCGAUGAUCUUUAUUUCCUUUGGUACUAUUACUUUUCUGCUUGGCUUUGGGCAACUGACAGAAUUAUUAGGAUCCAGCGUCUCGCCUAUUUCGGAUUCCCUCUUGCUGACGUGAAACUUUACGAGGACGAGACUUUGAAGGUUACUGUUCCACUUCCAAAGAACUUUAAAGCUGAAGGCGGUGGUCACUGCUUUGUCCAUUUCCUCCGUCCAUAUUGUUUCUGGCAGUCUCACCCUUUCACUUAUACCUUAGUGGGUAAUAACAUUAUUUUCUAUGCCAAGGUGAAGAAGGGAGUGACUCGUGAUUUGGCAACUUACCUCGAGAAUAAUCCAGACAAGUCCGCAAAGAUCAGAGUUGCCGUGGAGGGAUCCUACGGAGAGGCAACGCCAGCAUAUAAGCACGACACCAGUGUGUUUUUGGCUGGUGGUAAUGGUAUUCCUGGCAUUCUUGCUGAAGCAGUGGAAGUUAUCGAGAGACAAGAUACUUUCAGUAAACGUACAGUGAAGCUCAUAUGGGUUGUGAGGGAGUACCAAUCUAUUCUUUGGUUUUUCGAUGAACUUGCUUCCUUAAAGCAGUUCCCUAUCGAAACCGAAAUUUAUGUCACAAGGCCACUGGCCAUGUUGACGAGUCCACACGAUAAGCUGCCACUACUACUGAACACUUAUGCACAUUUCAGUGCCGUUCAUCAGUUUAAAGACCCAAUUGGCAAGCUUAAGGAAGAUUUGAAGCAUAUUCGAUUCCACGAAGGCAGACCUAAUGUGCCGAAAAUUGUUCAGGAGAAUGUGGAAUGCAGUCUGGGUAGUUGCUGCUUUGUCACUUGCGGCCAUCCCAUCAUGGUUGACGAUCUUCGCCAUGAAGUGGUGCAAGUUAUUGAUAGCGAAAAGGUUAGGGUAGAUUAUUAUGAGCAGUUACAGGUUUGGUCAUAA